GCAUGCACAGCUUCGCAUCACACUCGCAGCGACCUUUCCACAGUUGUAGUUCAGAGAGAAAGACGACACCGAGAUCGCCGAUAGCACCAAUCAUGGCGUCCAACUCCAAGGCGCUCCUCGUGUUAGCGCUCCUGCUCGCCGCCACUUUCCUCGUCGCCUCCGCUAACGAGCAAGCCCGUGAGCAGGCCAAAGAGGAGAAGAAGGCGGAGGUCCAGGACUGGCACGGCGGCGGCGGCUACCCGGGUCGCGGCGGCGGCUGGCACGGCGGCGGCGGCGGCUACCCUGGCGGACACUGCCGGUGGGGUUGCUGCGACCGCGGGCACUAUGGCGGCUGCCGGUGCUGCUCGCACCCCGACCAGAUACCGGAGCCCAUGUACCGCCCUGAGCUCGUCGAGGUCCACAACUGAUGAGUUGCUGCUACGUACUAUGUCCGGCGAUGGGCAGCAGGCACACGUACUACGUUCGUCCUGUGUAGUCAAUAAAAGUUUGGUUCCACCAACGUCAUGAAUGAAUGAAUGAAAUAAAAUAAGGUGAACGCAUGCAUGCUUUGUGUGCGUAGUUGGAAACAUCGAUUUGCGCGGCUAAUCGAUUAAUAAUGUACUCUUCUAUAUCAUGCAUCUCAUGGAAUAAAUAGACUUAUCAUUGUUGUUGUAAAAACACAUCGCCAUAGUUAAAA